GAAACGUUUAGAACAGUAGUGAAAGAGUUUCGGCGCAAAUUUUCGAAUGUCAGCGAGGAAGCUAAUUUUUAAUACAAAAUAAAUUAAAGAAAAGUUUAUCAAUAACAUUUCCAUUUUGCAACGAUGUCCGGUGAAGCUGUUAGCAUACUAAUUCCUGUGGAAUCCGUGGCGGAACAGGAGGUAGAGCACCAGAAAAUCGCCCGGAAGUCGCUGAAGGAAGUUCAAAACGUAUCAAAAAUGAACAAAGAAAAUGUUGGAAAACCUACGAAGCUACAGGCUUUCUUGGCCAAAAAAGAACUGAUCAAGAAGACGCUUCUUACCGAUCCAAUGGAAGUGAUCGAACAGAAGCGAAAAAAAUUCGUACAUUCACAAUCCAGCCAAACAUCUCCGGAGAAGAAAGUGACCGGUGGAAAGCCCACUGUAACCGAGGAGGAUCUCACCUCACUCGAAGGGCCGAGUGAGGCCUACUGGCAAAUACUGGCCGAGAGACGUCGCCAGGCCUUGGAAGAAUCUCUUGCGGAGAACAUGGAACUUCACGAGAAGGUUGGAACGCUGGAGGAAGAAUUGAAUCUGUCCCGAGAAAUGCUCGAAGAGGCUCGCAAUCUGGUUGAGGUUCUGACCGAAAUGCUACAGGAGGGCGAAGCGGAAAAGCAGGAAGAGGGAAAGGCUGAUCCCAAUCAUGUGGACGAUAGUGGUGUAGUUCCGGAGGUGGUCAGCGAAGAGGAAGAUGAUCUUUAAGUUAUUUCUUGACAAUCCUAUUAUGUAUUGUAGUCUAAUCGUUUACUUAAACAGUUAUGCCGUUGAUCAUGUGAUUAUUUUUAAGAGAACAAUCAUGGAAAUCUCUAAAGCUGUGGCACUUAUCAUUGGGUAUGUUUAUUUUGCAUUCAUGGUAAAACAAUGCAGAUUUUUUGAGGGCCAUUGUAUAUAUAGACAUCUCAUGAAACUGAAUAUCUUCGUUGAAAUGACAAACGUUGCAUUUUUUAUUAAACAUAAGUUCAUUUAGAAGCC